AUGGUUGUUUCACCGCGCCGUUUUCCUAUGAAUGAACGUUACCUGGUGGCUUUAAUGAAUCCAAGUUUUUCCCAUCCAUUCAUUUGUGUCCGUUGUUCUAUUUUGCGAGUUGUGAUUGACGUUUACCCGCACCCCACCCACGUACACACACUCCUUGAUUCGCCGGUUAAAGUAGCAUGCAGGACUCUUUGGUUCUCAUACCACAGGCACUGUCGGCUUACACUCUUCCAUGGCCCGUCAAAUGCGAACAAAUCGUCACGGGUCACUAAGGCUCAGUUUAAAACUGCGAAGAACUUGCUGUCCACUCGUGCCUCAACCCACUCCUUUUGGACCACUGGGCUUACUUGCCAAUCAUUGCACCACAGUGAUGCCAAUUUGGAUUUCUUGGUUCAGUCAAAACGAACGCAGCUCCGCAAUCUGGAUCAGAGUGGGGAUAACACUUUGCUCGAGACACGUUCCGGCCGUCUAAUUUACGGCCCUGUUCGUGCUUCAUACGGGAAACCUCCCGUUUCACCACCCAGCUGCCUCUCACCUGUGAAGCACUUGGAUGAAUCUGAUCGUCUUACGGACACACUGAUCCAGCCAUCCGAUAGUGACACCGGCGAUGAACCUGAUGACAGAGGGAAUCAUCCACCGAGAAAUCGCGUCUCCGUUAAGCCACCCGGAACAGGGGGUCAGAAACAAGGUGACGAUUCAAGUGUCACUGCGGCAAAUUUCGAGCGAGCUGAACUAGAAAAAUUGUAUGCGGCGCAUCGCGAUUGGCAUCGUCGUCUUCGUGUAGCAGUGGCCGCCGGGGACUGCGUUCACCUACGCAACCUACUGCCGUCGGCCUCAUCCAUUCCACACGGCUCUGAUGAGAGUGCAGCUGGCCGAAUUGUGAGCGAUUCUCCCUCUGCCGCAAACCCCACUUCACCCAGUACUCACUCACCGAAUGGUGAUCUCCCUCCGAACCCCGAAGUCUGUACUCGUCUCCUCAACCAUCCCUUGGCUGAGGGUCGAACACUACUUCACAUUGCAGUGGAAUUACAAAGCGACCCUAAUGUGAUUUACACCCUACUGGACAGUGGUUGCGAUCCAACACUCCGAGACACAUCUGGCUUCACUCCGUACAAGUUGGCUGCUGGCUUGCGAAAGAAGGCACUAACUAUGGUUUUCCGACGCUUUCGAUUCAUCCACCCUGAUCGAUACGAUUACGAGAAAGCCGAGAUCCCUGCUCCUUUGGAUCCGAAUAAAGAGGCUGAGAAACUAGAACGUGAUAGGGAACGACAACGCCGCCAACGCCAACGUUUAAAGGAGAGGAAAGCGGCGGAAAGGGCACUGCAAGACAAAUUGCGUGAAGAGGAAGCUGAGCGGCAACGCUUUUUGGCUCUGUCUGAUCGAGAAAAGCAUGCUCUAGUCGCUGAACGCCGCUUACUCGCGAAUAAAGCUGCAGCUGGUGAGCUGCCACAGGUGUUUGUUCGCUGUUUCCAGUGCGCUUGUGACAUCAGUGGGAAAGUACCCUUCACGUACAUGGACUACCGGUUUUGCUCUCCUGGCUGUUUAAAGACGCAUCGACUUUCAUCGACCUCUUGCAAGCCAAAUGCUUAA